CAAUAUGCACUGCAUAUUAUUUAUAAUACUUUCCAUCAUUAAUUGAGUACGUGAUUUCGAUAUAAUAUAUGUAUUUCGUUCAACCCGUUUCGCUUGGCAUAUAUGCGGUUCGCGCCUCAAAUAUUUUCACAAAAAUAUGAUACUUAUGUUUAUCACAUUAAUUACGAUUUAAUUUUCAUCUUAAUACAAACACGUCAUACCAUAAUGUUAUAAAUUUUUUUUACGAAAAUAAAAAUAAAAACAAUCAUAAUCAUACCUCGUUCGUUGUCUGACAUUUACGAUAGCCAAAAUACGCAAACGCCGAUGACCUGUACAGAAAAGCUACAUCAGUGUGUAAAUCAUCAAUAAUAUACCUACUGUAGCAUCAUGCAAGUCCGACACGUCAUUGGGUUGAUACUGUUGCUAGCGGCGAUGCCGUUGCAACUGUACCUGAUGAAGUACAAUCAAAACUUUAGAAACUUAGUAUCGGAAAUCGUGAAGAACUUAUCAAGUGACCUGCUGCAGCUGUCUAUCGACGUUGCAGGAUACGUUAGCCUUGCGAAAAAUUACCUACAAACCACAUACAACUAUUUAGGUCUAUCAAAAUCAUUUGAAGACAAUACAUCAGAAAACCAAGAAGUACCAGAAAACUUAAUUCGAAAUUUUAGACCACCUCAUUUAAAAUUCAGUGUUGGAAAUGUAAUAUUGACUCAUACCAUGAUAGCUGGCAUUGUUGUUGGAUGGAAUAUUGAUAAAACAGAUCUCACUAAAGAACCAGAGUACUUAAUAAUAACAGAAUUUCAUGAAGACUUGAUUAAAAUAGACCAAGAUAAAAUCAUAAUUCAAUUAGAAAACAUCAAGGUAGACAGCAAAAAAAUAGACCACUACUUUGAAAGUUUUGAUGGAAUUAAAUACAUACCAAACAAAUUGUUACAAAAGAUGUACCCAAAAGAUUAAGUCUACUAUCAAGUUAACUGUACAAAUACACGUUGGAAGCAAUAUAG